AUGAACCUUGAAAGGGUUAAUCUAAGUACAGAUAUGCGAGAAGAAAGUCCCACAAGAGAUAAUAAUAUAACGCAAGUAGAUGUAAGACAGGGAUCUGAGCUUAUUCAAGAGUGCUCUUCAGUGAGAGUUCCAACUCUAACAGUAAUGGGUCAAAACCUAAGUCAAAGCCAUGGUCAUUCACAUGGGAUCAUCCAGGCUGGCCAAUCUAUCCAAACUAACCAGAUUGGAGAACGGGUUGACUCAUCCUUGUUGAGAAUAGCAAGAGGAGGAACUACUACCACAUCUUCGUCCUCAGGCAAUAGUAUCGAAAACUUGCCAAAUCCUCUUUUAGAAGAGGGAGGACAGGGCCUAAUUAUAGAGACAACAACAUGGUCUAGAGACUCCCAUGAGCUUUUUGACUAUGAAGCUCAACACAUUAACAAUAAGAAGUUUUUGGUGAGUAAGAGUAGCAAGAUCUUUCGACAGAAUACUGAGUGUAUGAUUGUUGGAGACGAGGAAGAACUCCCAACACAAGGAGACUAUUUACUGUCUAUUAAGACAACAUCUGAUGGGAAAUUUGUAGCCUUUCCUGCAGAUAGAAGUCUGGGAGUAUGUGGUGACAGACAGCUUGUUCCUAAGAAAGUUUGGCUUAUAGUUCGGGAUCUACCAAGCAAAUCAUAUGCUUUGCAGCAAAAUGACAUGGUCAAGCUAGGGAGAUUUAAGCUCAGAGUUAAACAGCUGGUUAAAGAUGGAGACCAGAUCCCAGAGCUUAGGUUAGACGAGAUGGAGACCAAUAUCAUAGAACCAACUUUGGAAGAGUCUAUAACUAUGCAGUGUAGGAUAUGUCUGACAGAAGGGGAACAAGAGGAUGAUCCUCUGCUAUGUCCUUGCCAAUGCAGAGGGUCGAUCAAAUUUGUUCAUCUGGAAUGUUUAAGGCAUUGGAUCAAUGGAAGGCUUAAUUUGGCAAACGAAAAUGGGUCCGGUGAUACCUUCUUCUUCAGACAAUUACAGUGUGAGCUUUGUAAGAGUCCUCUCCCUUCUUCAGCUUCCAUAAAGGGGUCUAGAGUCAAUAUUGUCAAAGUACCACAAGCUAAGCCUCCUUUUGUUGUUUUAGAAAAUAUUUAUGGGAACGUCCAUAGAGGAGUACAUGUGGUUAGUAUGGCAGAGAAGAAGGACCUCAAGCUUGGGAGAGGUCACGAAUCUGAUGUAAGGAUUUCAGAUGUAAGUAUAUCCAGGUAUCAUGCAACUAUUAGAUAUAGGAAUGAUAACUUUAUGCUGGAAGAUCAUGAUUCUAAAUUUGGUACUCUUGUCUCAGUAAGGAGGCCACAAGCCAUAGAUAAUUGCCACAACCUGGCUCUUCAGGUAGGGAGGACUGUGGUCAACCUAAGACUCUCAGAAGAACCGUGUUCCCCAAAUGUAGGGAUCAAGGAACUGCCUGUCAGCAAUUCCCCAGAUUUCAAUCCGGAUUCUGAGCAGAAUAAUAGCCAGAAUGGAGGUGGUGGCGGUAAUGGUGCUUCUGGGGUAAAUCGAAGGUUCAGUGGCAUAAAUCCGGGUCCAGAUACAAACAGCAUCAACAACCAAAACCCUAGUGGAAAUGUACAACACUUGCAGGACCAGAUGAGCCAAGACCCUACGAUAUCAGCUCCGGUUACACUGCCCAAAAUGGUAGGAAAACCCCAAAAUAUCCCUUACUUUUUGGAUAUCCAAGAAUCGGACGCCAAAAGUGGCAAUGAGAAUGAUAAUACUAAUAUUAGAAAAGGGGAUAAUCAGAAAGUUUUUGAAUAUAAGUCAGCAUUUUUGUCGUAUUUAACAUCUUCACUACCACCAUCAAUGUCUACGUCGUCGUCGUCUUCUGCCUCUAACCAGUCUGCUCCUCUUCCUACUCUGGCAACAACAAAGGAGGAAGGGGAAGCUAAAAGUAAUGGUAGUAAUGUGGAUAAUGGAUUGAUACUUAAAGAUAUAAAAAUGCAGGAUAAAAUUUGUUUUUUUGAAAACGAACGAAUUAAGCAGUUUGGAGAUUACUUGGGAAUUAAAGAAUCAAAAAAUAACGAAUAUGGAAAAUCAGUAGUUUCUGAAGCCUAUGGUGGUGGUGGUUUUGUGGCUCCUCCUUCUACAGGCUCUGACCAUUUCUUGGACUGUUUCAAAAACAUGAGCUCUCUCAUACAAAAUAAUGGCUACUAUGAUAGUAACCCUGGAAUUAGUAAGAAGACUCUGGCACAGUUACCUUCUCCAUCUUUGACACUUUGGAUUGAGAAUAAUGAAACUUCCAGGCCCUCUUUUGCUGGUAACCAAAAUAAUUCUCUUUCAAUAUAA